AUGGCCGCGAAUCUCCGGUGUACCGGGGCUCAUAUCGAUAACGAGAGCGAAUACGUGGACGUGGCCAGCGACGCGAGGAUCGCUUCGGUCGGCCACGAGGCGAUGGACGGCCGAGGCAGGAUGAAGUUUAGGAAGCUAUUUCGCAGCCGAAUGUCGCGAGCCGUCGUUUCCUCGACGAAGUCGAAGCAGUGCGCCAGGAAGCAGGCGACCAGAGUCAGGAAAUGCAUGUGUCUGCCAUCCAAUUACGCCCUCGUUGAAUUCCCCGUGGUCUGGGCCGAACUCAGAGCGAAUCAACAAUUGUGCGACGGUGCGAUCCGAUGCGCCAGGGACCACGUUUUCCCGGUCCAUCGCGCCAUAUUGUCAGCGGUCAGUCCGUACUUCAAGGCGCUUUUCAUCAACAGCCUGAAAGGCGGGAAGAGCGAGACCACCGAGGUCGCGAUCGACUCCGUUCCCGGCGAAAUUUUCAGCCUGAUCCUCGAUUACGCGUACACAGGCACGUGCACCGUAAACGCGGACAACGUGGAGCAAUUGUUACCAUUGGCCGAUCAAUUCGAGGUCCUCGGUGUUGUACAGCUGUGCUGUCAGUUCCUGCUGCAGGAAUUAAGGCCCGAGAAUUGCUUAGGUAUCUUUAAAUUCGCCCGUCACUAUUUCUGCCGCGACCUGGAAGAGAAGGGCCGGAAAUACAUUCGUCAUCACUUUAAGCGGAUACUGCAAGACAGCGCGGAAUUCAAAGAGCUCACCAGCGAGGAACUCGAGGCGAUCAUACGCGACGACGAGCUGAACGUUAAAAGCGAGGAAAUAGUUUUCGAGGCCGUUAAAACCUGGACCGAGCACAACGUCGAAGAAAGAAAGCCCUGUUUGCCGAGGCUCUUGAAAUGCGUGCGCUACGGUUUGAUGAGCUACCCGUUCUUCACGAACAGCGUUCUCGCGUGGAGGCUCGUCGAGGAGGAUGAACUCUGCCAGGAAGUAGUCGUCCACGCAAACGCGUACUUGAGCGAGCAGGAUGCGAAGCAGGGCGAGAUCGAUCUGAAGAACCCUCUGUCGAGGCCACGGAUCCCCUACGAGAUCCUGUUCACGGUGGGCGGCUGGAGCGCCGGUUCCCCGACGAACUUCAUGGAGACGUACGACACAAGAGCUGACAGAUGGUUUCUAUCAGUGAACACGGACGCCACGCCGAGGUCGUACCACGGACUCUGCGCCCUCGACAAUCUCAUCUACAUGAUCGGCGGCUUCGACGGCAACCAGCACUUCAACACGGUCAGAUGCUUCGACCCCAUCGCCAAGGAGUGGCACGAACGGGCGUGCAUGUACCACUCCAGGUGCUACGUCAGCGUUUGCACCCACGGUGGGAAGGUUUACGCUCUCGGCGGUUACAACGGCCACACAAGAAUGAGCUCCGGGGAACGUUACGAGCCGCAGAGGAAUCAAUGGGAGAUGAUACCGUCGAUGCAUCUGCAGAGGUCAGACGCCAGCGCGGCCGCGCUGCACGAUAAGAUUUAUAUCGUCGGCGGUUUCAACGGCCGGGAAGUUCUGAAUUCCGCCGAGGUCUUUGACGUGGAGACCAAUCAGUGGAGUUACAUUCAUUCGAUGAACAAUCCGCGAUCCGGGAUGUGUCUGGUCGCAUUCCGCGACAGCCUCUACGCUCUGGGUGGCUUCGACGGUUUCACCAGACUCAGUUCCGGGGAACGGUACAAUCCGAAUCAUUCCCAGGACUGGCACGCGGUUCCAGAAAUGUUCAGCCCCAGGAGCAAUUUUGCCACGGCCAUCUUGGACGACAUGAUUUUCGUCGUUGGCGGUUUCAACGGUUCCACGACGGUCGCGUACGCAGAAUGCUACGAUGCAGACAGCAACGAGUGGUACGAUGCAUCGCCGAUGAAUCUCAGUCGAAGUGCACUGAGUGCAUGCGUUAUAGCGGGUCUGGCCAAUGCACGAGAAUACUCUUAUCAGGGCAAAGCUCGAGAUCUCGGUCAAGAACAAGCAUCGUCCGAGAAUCAGGAGAAAACGAACCAAGGGGGCGAGGGGGCGGCAGAAACGAACGACAUUUCCGUCGAGGAUGAAGAAACGGUGAACUUCGAGGACCACGAUCAAGGGGAAAGCGACAUGAAUGAGAUGGCCGAGAGCGUUGGCAAUUUUUAA